AUGAAGCCAGCACAGAUCAGAUUCUCUCUACAGAGACCUCUACAGCACAGAGAUCCAGACAUGGCACCUACAAUCACUGCAGCAAUGACCAACUCUCAGGACCAUCUGACUCUGACCCACAAGCUCAGAAAGCCUCUGGUGGAGAAGUUACGCAGAGAGCGAAUCAACAGCAGCAUUGAGCAGCUCAAGUCUCUCCUGGGUCCAGAGUUCCUCAAACAGCAGCCAGACUCCAAGCUGGAGAAAGCAGACAUCCUGGAGAUGACAGUUUGCUUCCUGACACAGCUGCAGCAGCAGAAUCAGCAGCACAGAAGACUGCUCAACCACUUCAACAAGCUGCAGUCUUCCUCUGAUAACAACCUGACAGAGGCUGACUUCUCUCCUCUGAGCUCCACAGUCCACACCGGCAUCACCAAAGAGAAGAGUCCAGUCAACGGCGCCCUCUGGAGGCCGUGGUAGACACCUACAGACUCAAGUUACUCCCAGUCAAACUGAGAUGACCAUGUUGGUCAAAGAUGAAUGGAACUGAAUUCUAUGAAGUUUAAGGACUUGUUCUUCUGUGUGAACAGAAGUUGUACUUUGUGUGUUCUUCUCUUUGUGGAAGACGACAUUUCCUGAGGAAAUGACAUCAACAAUAUCUUUCAAUUUAAGAGAGAGAACAUCUUGUCAUGCAUGUUGCAUGAAUCAAAUGUGAUUGCAUCA